AUGGCAGGAAUCAUCAACAAGAUUGGGGAGACUCUUCACAUCGGAGGACACAAGAAGGAAGAUGAACACAAAGGAGAGAAGAGUCACGAUGACAAGCACAAAGGUGAGCACAAGGAAGGUUUAGUUGAGAAGAUCAAGGACAAGAUCCAUGGUGAUGAUGAACAUAAAGAACACAAAGGAGAGAAAAGUCACGAUGAUAAGCACAAAGGUGAACACAAAGAAGGUGUAGUUGAGAAGAUUAAGGACAAAAUCCAUGGUGGAAGUGAUGAACAUGGACACAAAGGUGAGAAAAAGGAUAAGAAGAAGAAAGAUAAGAAGAAGAAGGAACAUGGUCAUGGGCAUGAUCAUGAUAGUAGCAGCAGCAGUGACAGUGAUUAG